AGGCCUGUAACGCUCGUCAUUUUCAAACUGUAUCUAAUACCGCUUAACCUGGGCUAGGGGCCGUAAAGGCAGCCAUGCUCAUUACAUCAGCAUGAUGCCUUUAUGAACAGUUGCAAUUAAAGCGCAACUGAGAUACUUGUUUAAUUGUUAUCUGACAUGGAACUCACAGGGAGUAAAAUAAGCGGCGAACGGUCGUUCGGGUUACGUGUAGGUCGCCAUACUUCAAGCUGACGUGAACGGUCUUCCGUUCGCCGGCGGCCGUGCAGGGGGAAAAAAUAAUAAAAGUUAUGUGUACUUGUAACGUUGUCACUGACUAGGAUGGCUUCAUUUUAGCAAUUUAUCUUAUUCACAAACCAGUUUUGUAAGGUGUCAUUUCUUACUAGUUGAAAACUUUAUCGUCAGCAACGGACAGGUGUCAGUGCAUGGGAUUUCCCUGUCCGUGACCCUUUUCGCCUCCACACAGAAGAGCUACGCUGAGCUCUGCAUGUGCAGAAUCUACAUGUACCGGUACGUGUGAUGUUUGGCGGUCAGUGGCCUAACGGCUAACAAUGUCGAAACGAAAAUGUACCGGCACUUCCAACAGUGAAUCAGUCUCCUUGAAAACCUUUCUAUCUUGGGACUGUAACCAAGAUUUCGACUACGAGACCGACGAUACAAACAAACUGACGAAACUCCAGUGCAAAGUCUGUUCCCAGCAUCUCGCCCGAAUCAGAGGCCAAGCAAAACUGCGUGGAAUUACAGGCCAGUCUCUGCAGUCUUUAAUAAACUAUGUGGACGGAGUUACAUAUAUUCACAAAAGCAAUGUGACAAGGCACGUGAGGUCUGGCUCACUACACGACUGGGCCAAAAAAACUUUUGACAACCAACAAACGCGAGCGGAAAACGCUUCUACGACAACAACAACAACAACCACUUCUGCUUCCCCUUGUACCAGUUCAGCCCAGCAUACGCCUCCAGCGUCAGUACUGCAGUCUAUGCUUUUAAAAGGGUCACGCGAACAAUACAAGCAUCAUUUUUUCACAGUAUUGGCAAUUGUUUUGAAAGAAAGACCCAUGUCUGACCUCAAAGAUUUAAUUGAACUACAGAAGAAAAAUGGCGUCACAUUUGUGAGUGGAAAGUGCAAUAAAGUGGCAUGCAGAGAGAUGGUUUCUUAUUUGGCACAGGCUCUGCGUGAUGAUGUGCAGAACAUUUUGCAAAACUGCAGCUUUUUUGCAUGUGAGCAAGACGGAUCAGAGGCUAGGAAAACACGUGAAGAGAAGGAGCUCAUCUAUGUAAAAGUUGUGAUCAGAGGUGAACCACUGGAGCUUCUGCUUAAGUGUCAAAAAAUGACUGACUUUGGAGGAGUAUCCGCUGCAAAUCUAAAGCGGGCAAUUGAUGAUGCCUUUCAAAGUUACAAUGUGAGUGGUGACAAGUAUCAAAAAGGACUGGUAUCUGCAUGCGCAGAUGGCGCAGCUGUGAACUUAGGUCGCCUGAACGGGGCUAUGACGGUUUUAAAAGCGGAGAGGCCCUGGAUGUUAAUUAUCCAUUGUUCAGCACACCCUUUAGAACUAGCAGUCCAGGAUGCUUUUAAGCAGACACCAGAUUUCCAAAGAAUAGACGACAUGAUGCUGAAUCUCCACUUGUUUUUUCGAGACGGUGAAAAACGCUGGCGUAUUCUGAUUCUUGUGACCGAAAAACUUGGCGUCUUAAUCCAACGAUUUCCCAAAGAUGCUGGGACGCGCUUCCAAGUACACAAGUACCGAGCACUAAAGGUGCUCAUUGUGAACUUUUUACCGCUGUGUCUCUUUGCUGAAAACAUGAUUCAGUCAACCAAUAAAGAAUGUGACCCUCCACAGAAGGCUAAACUCAGAGGAUACCUGAACCAGUGGCUCAGCUACCAGUAUUUGGCAAGCUUGCACAUGUAUCGGCUUGUACUCCAUGAAACAGCACACCUGUCGUACAUCUGUCAGGAGUCUCAGAAAUUAGUGACUGAGGUCAUUGUUGUAAUGAAGUCAGCUGAAGACAAUCUAGCUGCAGUGGCUGAAAACAACGAGGAGCUUCCCUUCCCGGCGGAAAUUAAUGACGACAGUGUAACUAUCACAGCUUCAGCCACCAACUUGCCUGCCAAUCAAAACUUCAAAGAAAAAAACCAACUUACAGAAAAACAGAAGACAAAGGCGCAGAGGUGCACCAGUGUGACACGAGAAUGUUUCACUGUGAAAAAAGUAGCCCAGGGAAGAGAAGCUGUCAAACGUAUAAAACAGGAACUGAUACCAGGGAUUGUCAGCCACAUCACUAACAGAAUGAAGUCAUUUGAUGAAGAAAUAUUUUCUGCAUUCAAAAUUGCUGACCAUUCACUGUGGGAUUAUUCCAACGCCGACUAUGGUGUUGCUGAAAUAAAGGCGAUUUCCAGUCACUUUGAAGAUAGCCUGAAAUCUCAUGGAUUUUCCAUUGAUUUGGCCCUUUUUGAGUGGAGAGCAUUGAAGAAAGUGGUUAGAGACAAAUACCAACACUUCACCAACAAAGUGGCCAUGUGGAAGCAGUUGUUUAUUCACUACCAAGUGCAGUUUCCCCACAUACUGCUUAUCAUUGAGCUGGUGCUAGUGACCCCAUACUCCAGUGCCUCUGUAGAGCGUGGAUUCAGUCUGAUGAGCAGGCUUCUGUCAAACACCAGGCUAAUUCUGUCCAAUAAAACAUUGGACGAUCUGAUGGCCUUACGGAUUAAUUCCCUUGUUCUCCUUUCCUGA